AUGUCCGAGAUCAAAUCCAAGGGCGGAUCUCCAAUCGAGGAGGGUGAUACAGUUGCUACGCCGUAUCGUGGAGGAAAGCACGAAGGCAAAGUCGAGCAAAUCAUCACCGACGAGGAGGAGGCCAGAAAACUCGAUGCUAAAGGAGCCAGUCAUGCCCCGGCGGUCGUCUUCACAGACCAGAAUGACAAGAAGGUCGUGCACAAGCCUGAAACUGUGAGGGAUGUCGAUAAAGAAGGUUGA